AUGAUGGCCUUCACGGGCCAAUCUGCAGAGCCAUGCUACAGCCCACAACAAGAUCCAAACUGUGAAUUGAGACUUCUCAUAGAGCAUUUUGUUCGGGACACCGAGAUAUCCUUCCUCAGGAUGGACCUCCUAAUCCAAUCCAUCUAUGAAUCUGAGGAGGCUGUUCAGCGCUCAGUGAAGCAAACAAAGUGGGUUGAGCAAGUUUGUGCACAACUUGCUCAACAUCGCCUUUCUGCUUCCACACAAGAAGAGCAGGAUGAAGAAGGCUACAAGGACAUUGUGGAGUAUACAGAAGUUGUCACGGUCUCACGGAGAGCUCCCGUGAUGAACAUGAUAAGGAAUGUCCUGUUGUGGCCGACCACACCUUCCCACAUCCCACACCGAGCUUUGAAGAGGUGGGCAUGA